UUCCUACGGUGUCGUCGUCGUCGUCGUUGUCGUCGUUGUCGUCGAUGCAUGUUCCCCUCGUUCCGCUGCCCUCGAGAACCUCCAAGUGUCGUGCGUGUUGUGUGGCACCGAUAAGCGAUAUCAACUUCCGGAUCGGUGAUCUAUUCCUCGCCCAUCCCUAUCCCCUCGCUAUUCCCAACCAAAAAACCACCGCGAGGAUUAGUGUAACGAAAUCCACGCAGGCGUAAGUGUCCAAACGAAGAGUGUCUCGGUCUCUGUGUGCUUGUGUGUCCCGGUUCGUGUGAUUGUGCAGCAAAGGGUGGUGCAUCGUGCGUGCGUGCGUGCUCGUACACCGUCUGUGUGUUUUACUGCGGUCAAGAACAUCUCGGCGCACCAUUCACGAAGAUCAUUUGAGCUCGACCCCCGGGCCAGCCACCUCGCUCCCCGCGCGGUUCCUAUCCCGCGGUGACAGCUGGCGCCCGUCGUGUGCGGUGAGAGAGGGAGCGAGAAAGAUAGAGCCGUCGUCGCGGUUGCCGUGGCCGUCGCCGGGCUGCGGUUCUCUGUAGUAGGCCUUUGCCGCGGAGUAAUAAUAAUGAGAGCAGCAGGAAUAAUAAUAAUCCCUAUCAUCCGCACGCCAACGAUCCGUGACGCGUGUGCGCGUAUGUAAGCGCGGCCUAGCCAGAGUGUGUGGCCAUCACCAGCGCGACACGAGUGGCCGACGCCCGAGCCGCUGCCGCCGCCGCCGCCGCUGAGAUUGCAUUUAUUGUUACGCCAAGCAAACAUCCCAGUGUUUUUGUUUUGACCCCCACCCCGGCCUGCUUCCCAGCCUGCCACGAUCAACGCGCUGCUGUUGCUGAGUUCCAGCAAGAACGGAAACGCAUCGCGAGAGAACGUCGUGAUCGUGUCGUCCGCUGGCCGUGUGGGAGUGUGUCCCCUGAUGUCCCAUUGUUUGAUGUGGGGUCGGGCGCCCGCACGCGUAAAGAGUGAUGCUUCGGUUCGGUUCUUCGUUUUCCGUUCGUCGUUGUCGCCCAGUAAGUGAUUCCUCCUUCUUCAGCACGCCGUUGCUUAUUCUCGAUCCGUUCCGUUGUUGAUAAGCAGAAUCGCCGUAACGGAGACACUUCGUGCGUGCGUGCGUGCGUGUGAGUGAGUUUUUUUAUUGUUUUGUUAUUGGCGCCGAUUGUCUGACCGAUCGAUCAUCAGUGUCUUGUUUGGCGCACCGCGAGAACGGCUGAGAACGGCCGGUCGGUCUACCGAAUUUGGUCCCCAAGCAGACGGCUGCAGUGAUCGUUAACGCGACAUUCAAAUUCGUUCAACCACAGGUUCUGUGAACCUCCUCGCCCCCUCCCUCUUCCUUCGUGGUGAACAUUUGAACUUUGGCGCAGCAGCUGCUACCGAUUUCAGCGAUUGAUACGGAAAGCCCCCCGCCAGCAGUCUCGAGAGCGACAGAAAUGGAAGAUCGUGUUUAAACGACAGAACGGGAGCAGAACCACGAACGGCGGCAGCAUAAGCAUUCCAGCUGGAGCUGGAGUGGGUCCAACUCCUCUUAUCAGCCACCUCUUAUCGGCGUUCUCUUCGUCGUUCGGUCGAACAACAAAGCCCGAGAACCGAGAACGUCGUUAGCAAGGCACACGCUACAGACGGUGUCGAAGACGAAGAGGGGGAGCAUAAGAAGAGGUCAAUCCAGAUCGCAGACCACCGUCACCGUCACCAGUCCCGUCGAGCUAGAACGUGAUACUUGCCGCGAAAAGAAGAUCCGGUGCUCGAGCUCGGGCCACCGCCUACCAUUGGCGACUACGCCGGUCCCGGGGACUUCAUCCCGUUUGUUCAAUCUGCGCCAUAAUAAUCAACAAUAACACCAUCAUCAUCAUCCUCGUUGGUUCGCUGGCUCGUACCGUAAGGAUCCCUGCGAGUCCUGCUCGCCAAGAGCUGCCAGAUUCCUCGUCUGCCAUCCGCCGCAACUCAUCGAAUCGAAUCGAAUCAUCGAAUUAAGAAAGGCACCAGAAGAGCACCAUCGGUGAAGGAGAAGGGGCGGGGCGUUCGGUGCAGGGUUUGUGUUCUGAUGAAGUGCGUACCACCGCCUCGUCGUCGUCACCGACCACCGGCGUCGAGGUCAGCCCAUCGAUCGUGGAAUCAGGCAGCCGUGGCUGGACCGUGCGGCGGGAUGGUGGAUCCUGGAACGCAUUAACGAACCGCGUGCGGAUGGUUAGCGAAACCGUGUUGCGUUGUGUAGUGCGUUGUGCAGAGAGUGAGCGAUAGUGAACACAUACUUCAGAACAAAUAACAAAUCCUCAAACACACUUAGUCACGCAAGAUCAGUUAGAUCAAGCAGCCGCCGAUAAAAGGUAAAAAUCAAUUGAUUGGAAAUAAAAACUGCGGUGAAUGGAAUGUGAAAUGUGUUUGGCAAAGGUUGCCCGAAGAGUGCCAGUGCAAGUGCAGUAGUUCCGGUGUGAUAAAACGUAUUCAAAUCAGAUAUAAUACCGAUAGCGAUGGCGUCGUGUGUAGCGAAAACCCGCAGUAAGAA